AUGAUCGCGGCACGCAGCAUUUCACUUCGACUAUGCUUCCUAUCGCUCUCAUGCGUUACUGCAUUGAUCUACAGUGAGGUAGCUCAAUUGGAAGCCAUGAUGAUGAGUAAUGAGCAGAUGAUUGCCCAGCGACACGAUCGAGCCUUAACGUCGACUUCUGAUCAAAUGUCAACGUCUUCGGAAGAAAGAGGUGCAUCUGUUACGGUUGAAGAAGAGGCUGGAAUACUUUCACGCUUUGUGUCUCAUUUCAAGCCAUCGUAUUUAUGGAAGAAGCUCGCAUCGUCUUGGAUCAUGAGGUUCUUCAGGCCACAUAUUUACCUGAGGCAUUCCUCUGACAAAGUGGCAGCAGGCAACAAACUCUUUUUAAAAGUGCGUGCUGACGUGGCGACGGAUCUCUUCAGCAGCCCUCAGUUCCAAAAGUGGUCGAAGUACUUUACAGACGCCUUCCCUGAUAAUCCUGAUCAGGGCGCUAGUAUUAUGGUGUUGACAUUGGUAAAACACCAUGAGAAAAAAUUGGUUGAGGCCAUUCCGAAUACCAAGGUUGUCAACGACAAACUAGCUUUUGGUGAUCAUUUUAAACUCGCGUUGAUUAGAUAUAUCGCCAACGCUAAGAAUAAUGCGAAGUCCAUGCCGGUGGCUGAUCGUCUUGAAGAAUCACUGGUAAGUCUCAUUACGAGACUGAAGGCAGACGAUAGCUCAAAAUCCAUUGGUGAGCUUGUAGAACGUGACGUCCGUGAUAUACUACAAUCAAUGCUAUCUUCUCAUCAAGAGGUAUUAGGUUGGCCGAUUUCUCCGUUUGCUCCGCCCAAAGACGAUGACGAGGCAAAAGUUGUCAAACUCCUCAAGGAUGUCGGACUUGACAAAGUUGAGACGGAUAUUUUUAACAGCAAUGAGUUCAAACAGUGGUCGAAACAAGUUGCCGAAUCAUUUCCCUCUCGACGUGACUUAGGGGCUGGUCUAAUGUUAGAGACACUGUCGAAAGUUGACCAAGAAAAACUUCUGGCCUCUAUUCCGACUGCUAGUGUUGUCGAUGGCAAAUUUGCUUUUGGUGAUCACUUCAAAGAUGCGCUUAUGAAGUACAUUGCUGUAAGUGCAGACGUGAAUGAUGUUGGAGGUUUCGCUCACAAUCUUGAAGAAUCACUAGUCGGUCUCAUCAAUAAUUUGAAGAGAGGAGAGACUUCGUGGAUUGGUGAAGUUUUGGAAGGUGAAUUCCUUUUUGUCCAGCUCAACAAGAACAAAAAAGGUCUUUUUGACAUUUUUGUACAUCCGAGCGUGAAGAAUUGGUACGCUUUCUUGUGUUCGAAGGGUAACGAACACGCACUCAGCGUCUUAGACAUCAGGUUGAAGCAGCAAGGGAUCACAAGCAAACAAAUCGGUGAAGUGAUUCGCAACAGUCCCGACGAUUUCACGAAAGAUGUGAUCAAUAAAUUAAUUGUAUACAAGCUUCAAUUACUAUUGAAGACUCUCACGCUGGGUAAAGCGGCCUCUGGCGAAGUAUUACGCUUUGAAACCUGGCUUCGAGAGGCUACUACGAUAGGCGCUGAAGUCACGAAUGUGUUGCCGCUGUUGCGGUCUCUUUUCAGUGAUAAGCAGAUUAUACUGUUGUGUAGUUCUCCAGACCUUCAUGGUGAUGACUUGAAGGCCUAUGCGGAAAUUAUCGAAAAUGCGAUUAUCGUGAGCUGGAAACCUGGCCUGAGCAACGAAUUGCUGGCCACCCUCGGAUUGGAUAGCUUUUCCCUUGACGAUCCUAUGGCGAGGUGUUGGAUGAAGUACAUGACUCACCAGUACAGAGAGAAUGCGAAUAGUGAGAUGGCUAAAGUUUUACGCUCCCAAGUAUGA